AUGGAGAGCGACGAGAAGAUGGAAAUCGUCACAAAAGAAGCCCUGCUCCAAGCACCACCAGUGGACUACCAUGCCCUGGACCCGGAGCUGAUCGGCUGCUGCCCCUGCUGCCCCUGCUGCGGCUGCUGCGAUUGCUGCGGUUGCUGCUCGCUGCCCGACUGCCGCUGCGACUCCUGCCCCGGCUGUAGCUGCGGCUCCUGCCCCGGCUGCGGCUGCUGCCCCGGCUGCUGCUGCCCCCCCAGCUGCGGCUGCUGCUGCCGGCUCUGCUGCUCCCUCCCGAAGCUUCUCUGCCGGCUGCCCCAGCUGCCCAGCUGCCCGGUGCACCUCCGGAGGGUCCUGAUCAUCGUGAUGGUGGUCGUGGUGGUGGUGGUGAUCAUCGUGGCGGUUCUCCUGAUGGGGGUGUUCAUCGUCCAGGCCCACACGGAGACGGUUUUGCGAAUGACCAUCGAUGGCCUGGAAGGGGAAAAGUCGCAGCUGAAUUUCCCCAUGGAGGAGAUGGAAGAAGUGGCCACUUUCCACGUGGAGGACAGAAUCUCUGGCCCAGCCAUGGUCAUUUAUGACUUUAGCAAGCUGCUGAUUGGCUACAAACCGUGGCAAGGAGACGCCUGCUACAUCGCCAGGAUGAAUAAGGAGAACAUCCAAGGCCUGGAUAUGAUCCUCAAGGAAUUCCAGACCAAGUCAUCCAUCACACCUCUCACACCAAGAGGGGAGGAGAAACAGGAGCAGGAGGCGGCGUUCCUGUCAUCCCUGGUUGAUCGUUCCAGCUUGGGCUCCACUAUUAACAUCCUUUGCAGUCAUGUCCCCAUCUUCUGGGCUUAG